AUCUAAUUUAUCUUUGUCAAGCUAUGUGAUCCUGUGUGGAUGAAUACUGUACACUCCCCCUUUUAUGUGUAGACUGUGUGUGCAUGUUUCCUCCCUCCCCUUCACACAGUCCUCUCUCCUCCGGAGCACCGAGGCGCACAGAGACGCCACUCCAGCGCGCUGCAGCUCCGCGUCCGCGUUCCUCUAUCUCUCUCUCCGGUGCUUCGCGCUUCCUAAAACAAACGACUUGUUGUCUUUUCGUUGCAAGUCUCCCCCCUCCCUUAUCAUCUUAACUCGGUUCCUCUCAUGUCGCCUUUAAGGCGCUGGAUACGAGGCGAUUUGUGAUCGACCAAGCAGCAGCUCGAUGAAUAUGGCGUGUAUUGGGGACGCAGACCCUUUUACCGCUGCGAUACCUGCCACCAAAGUUGAACUCACGGUUUCUUGUCGAAACCUGCUGGACAGAGACACAUUCUCCAAGUCUGAUCCAAUUUGUGUGCUGUACACUCAAGGAAUAGCCAACAGAGAAUGGAGAGAGUUUGGCAGGACAGAAGUCAUAGACAACACCCUCAACCCUGACUUUGUCCGCAAAUUCAUCCUGGACUAUUUUUUUGAGGAGAGGCAGAAUCUACGCUUUGACCUGUAUGAUUUAGACUGCAAGAGUGACAACCUCUCUAAACACGACUUCCUGGGCCAGGCGUUCUGUACGCUGGGCGAGAUAGUCGGCUCCCUGGGAAGCCGCUUGGAAAAACUUUUGAUUGGGAUACCGGGGAAGAAAUGUGGCACCAUCAUAGUGAGAGCAGAAGAGCUGAGCAACUGCAGGGAGUCGGUGAUGCUGCAGUUUUGUGGCAACAAGCUGGAUAAGAAGGACUUCUUCGGAAAAUCUGAUCCUUUUCUCGUCUUUUACCGCAGUAACGAAGACGGAUCGUAUACCAUCUGCCACAAAACAGAAGUAGUGAAGAACACUCUGGAUCCGGUGUGGCAGGCUUUUAAAAUUCCUGUCCGGGCGCUGUGUAACGGAGACUACGACAGGAGCAUUAAGGUGGAGGUGUACGACUGGGACAGAGAUGGAGGCCACGACUUUAUCGGUGACUUCAGCACCAGCUACAGAGAAAUGUCCAGAAGCCAGUCACAGUUCCACAUCUAUGAGGUGCUAAAUCCAAAGAAAAAAGGAAAGAAAAAGAAAAAGUACCAAAACUCAGGAACGGUCACCCUCCUGUCCUGCCUGGUGGACACUGAGCUCUCCUUCCUGGACUACAUCCGAGGCGGGACUCAAAUUAAUUUCACAGUGGCAAUUGAUUUCACGGCAUCAAAUGGCAACCCGUCCCAGCCCACCUCGCUCCAUUACAUGAGCCCAUACCAGCUGAAUGACUACGCCAUGGCAUUGCGGGCCGUCGGAGAGAUCAUCCAGGACUACGACAGCGACAAGAUGUUUCCUGCACUGGGCUUCGGUGCCAAGCUUCCCCCAGACGGACGGGUCUCGCACGAGUUUGCCCUGAAUGGUAACCCACAGAACCCAUACUGCAGUGGUAUCGAGGGGGUGAUAGAGGCCUAUUACCAGAGUCUCAAGUCUGUGCGUCUUUACGGACCCACCCACUUCUCCCCUGUUAUUAACCAUGUGGCCAGGUAUGCAUCAGCAGUGACGGACGGCUCACAGUACUUCAUCCUGCUCAUCAUCUCUGACGGCGUGAUCACGGACAUGGCACAGACCAAGGAGUCCAUAGUCAAUGCUGCGUCUUUGCCCAUGUCAAUUAUAAUAGUUGGUGUUGGACCAGCGGAAUUUGACGAAAUGAUCGAGCUGGACGGGGACGAGGAGAGGAUCUCAUCCCAAGGACGAUAUGCAGAGAGGGACAUUGUUCAGUUUGUUCCUUUCAGAGACUACAUUGACAGACGGGGAAGCCACAUCCUCAGCAUGGCUCGCCUGGCUAAAGAAGUGCUCGCUGAAAUCCCGGAUCAGUUCCUGUCCUACAUGAGGACCAGAGGGAUCAAACCCGGCCCCUUGCCACCUCCUUACGCCCCCUGUCCACCACUGGCUGUCCACCCCCUCCUUUGCAGACGGGUAAGCAGGAUCUAAAGGCAGAGGCCUCGCUCCAACGCCGGCCAGCCGACUCUACUGGUCUCUACUCUCCUCUCUCUGCUUCUUCUUCUUCCUACUCUUCACUGGAAGCUAUUGAGCACACGGCGAACCUCGCUUGCUCUCUCAUGUUGCACUUUCGGGAAGAUUUUUCCACGAGCUGAGGGCAUGAUGUGGAUAACCUUGAGUGUAAUGCUUCCACUUUUUAGAAGACGGGACAUUUCCUUCUUUCCUACUAAGUGGACGAAGGUGGGGGUUUCGAAGGGUCUUGGUGGGGGUCUGAGAUCACCUACCUCCACCAGGAAGCGUGGACAGGACAGAAACGGACCACUUGAAGCUGUCAGACUGAAUGGGGUCCAUACCGCCAAGGCCCUUUUUUGAAACACUGUUCAUCUAUUUCUAUUUCCACUUCCUCUAUCUUUCACAAAAUCAUGUCGCUCAAUAUAUAAAUGUUUACAAAUUUGAGGACUGGAGUGGAGAAUUUUUUUCAGGAGGAAAUUUAUACCGAUCAAUGUGAAAACCUUAUAGAUUCCUAUUUUUCGGCUGCAGAAACUGGAGGUUGUGACUUUGUACAAAAACGUUUCUGGCCCCUAGUGCCACAUCAGAGUGUACGUUUGUUUGUUAUUAAUAAAUGGAGCAUGUGCUAGUUUAAGAGAAGCAUGCACUGUUGUCCUGCACUCAGGGCUUUGUCCCUCCCACACAAACCCCUUCCUCACCACCUCACCACCACUGCCAUGUUCCAUUAAGAACAAACCCAUCACCCAUCUGAAAUCUUCCCACGCUCCUACCUUCUGCUCCGUCCACCUGCCUUGACUCAAAAGGAAGCUGUGCUCCCUGGGAGUCUGGUCAAAUCAAAUGCAGCAGGGACUUUAACCAGCCUUACUUUUUUGUCAGAAAACAUUUACAGGCACCGUGUCCACCGUGGGUUCUGGAAAUGUGGAUCUCCAAGCCCAGAAGUCAAAAACACACAUCUCACUACCGAACCUGACUGUGUAUUACGUUUUAGAGUCUUUUCAUUUUUAUAGAACAACAUUCUUCAGAAGCAUUUUUUUGUUUUGUUUUACGUCUCUCUACCUCUCACUUUGUUUAGUAUUGCCGAAAAAAAGGUUGCUUAAAUAACAAAGUGUUGGUGUGUCAGUCUGUCGAGUUCACAGUUUUACCUUUCUCACAUUUACCUUUCUUCAUAAAAUAUGUGCCAAAUUGUAGGUUGAGAAUUAUAGCACUUUGGUAGCUAUCAGAUCAGGUUACUCACACCUUUGUGUUAGCAACACGCUGUGAAUAUGUGCACAGAAAACAGUUAACCAACACACCAAAAUGCAAAGAUGCUUUUAUUUUCCCAGCUAUUCAUUUGGAUCAAAGAAGUGACUCAGUGUGUUUACAUGCAAUUUAAAAAAAACGAUUACAUUUGGGUUAAGGCAAUACCUCGAUUUCUCAAACGCCAUGUAAACACCUUACCCCGGUUAAAAUCAGAGUUCUCAUAACCCGGUUAACAGAGGUAGAGAACUCCUUCAGUAACCGGGGUGUCCCUUCAUGUAUACACCUUAACCGGGCUAUGAUUGGUUUAAGCGUAUGCGCAGGCUUCAACUGCCCCUCCCCACUGUGCUUUUUGAACCGGACAUAAUUCGUCAGCGUG